AUGCCGACUGAUGUACCAAAGAAGAGGAAUAGACAGAUUGUAUCUUGUCUAAAUUGCAGAAAAAAAAAGCGCAAGUGUGAUCGUUUAUUACCUUGUUCUAACUGUACUAAAUACAAAUUACUGGAUUCUUGUUCGUACGCGGCAUCACCCAGCGGAAGUAGUCCACCAUACAGUAGCCUGGCCAAUGGGAGAAAUGGAACUAAUGGUGUAUCGAGGCCAGCUGUAUGGCCCACAGUGAAUAAUGAACUUGAACGAUUGAAAAACAGAAUUAAGGAGAUUGAAUCGACUGUUGCCAUUGCGGCAUCUGGGGUGCUGCCGUCCCACUCUCAGGAGUAUCGACCUUCUGUAGAAAUUAUGAAUUCAGUAAAUGAGAAUAACAAUUUAGGAGAUGCCGAGGAAACUUAUAUUGGUAUUAAUCCAUUGGGUUCUUCGACUGAUGCACUAAGUUUUCAUUGUGAUUUUCAUGAAAACUAUCUAUUUUUAUCGCACAGACCAUUGAGACUACUUGGAUUUAUGAGGAAAGAUCCAGGGGCUAAACUUUUCUGGAACUAUCGAGGAAAUAUGAUGCCGAAAUCUCUAAUCCUCAAGGUUAUCCUGGAUGAAAAUCGAGAAAGAAAUGCAACAUUGAGGGAAGGUGCAAGUAAGUUUUAUGGCGAUGCUUACAUUCCUCCUAUUGAUCAGCCAGCUGACAUCAAUGUAAUCAAAAAGGCCAUUUCAAAUUAUAGCCCAAGGCACUUGUUAUGGUUUAAAAAUUCAAAUGAAGAGAUGAGAUUGUAUGAUAGGUUGAAAAUUCAAUUACCGAAUGAAGAUGUCCUUUGGAAAUAUGUACUGUAUUUUUUUGCAAACCUUUAUCAAUUUUUCCCUUUGAUCGAUGAGAAUGAAUUCAAAUCAGAGAUAUCAAGAAUAGUAAUUUAUUCGAAUGGAACUGUCGACACUCUAGUUAUUGAUAAGCGGCAAAACCUAGCCAUUUUGGCAACUUUACUUAUUAUAUUGAGGCUAACUUUCUUUAGUGUACUCAAGAACGAAUUUCCUGAUGGAGAAUCCACUAAUAAUAAUGACGUUAUACCGGUUGAUAAUUUGCAGGUUGCUGAACAGUGUUUGAAGGAAUUCGAUAUUACGAGGAAACAGAAUUUAUGUGUCCUUCAAGCAUUAAUAUUUCUCCGUAUCUAUAGAGUAUAUGGUCCAGAAGAGGGGGAUGGAAUAUUGGGAAGCGAUAUUCAAGCAUUUCAUGGUACGCUAGUCCAAUUGGCUUACUCUCUUGGAUUGAACAGGGAUCCUAUUGCAUACGUAGAUUUGAAGUCUAACGAAAAAGUUCAGCAUUUGAGAAGAAAGAUAUGGCAUUAUUUGGUGGUAGAGGAUGUAUUGGGAUCGGCGCAGUUUGGAACUACCUUAUCGACUCAUUUUCUUUCAUACGAUACUAAAGUUCCCUUUUUCAAUGGCCAAAACUCCAACGUAGUCAAUCAAGAGGUAGAAAGAGAAGCAGUGGCUAACAUGGCGGCAUUUAAUUCAUUUUAUGCUCCAGUAGUUAAAAUAGUUGAAAUAAUGUCGAACGUAAAGACGUCGAUUCAAAUAACAGAACUAGUUGAGCAUAUAACCGAGUUAGAGAUUGUCUGCUCCAAACUCUCCGGUGUAAGUUCAAUCGCACAGACUAGCGAUGCUAUUGAAUCAAUACUGAUCAUUCGAAUGCGAAUAUAUCUUCAUUCAAAAAUAUUCCUUCAGUUCAUUUAUUAUUGCUUGUUUCUUUAUUUUGAUAAUAAAGGGGACUAUCAAUUAAGCUUCUUUUAUUUUAGAAAGCUGAUGUUAAUAAUGUUUAAAGAUCUCAUGGCUUUCAUGAAUGACGUAUGGAUGCCAUAUUGCAACACAAAUGGUCUUUUAAUGCUUAUACUUACGCCCUCUAUGGAAACAUACUUUUACAUGAUAAUCAUUUUAUCAUUAAUUAUGAUGGUGAGAUUAAAGUCCACUUUAUAUACUUUAAAAAAGAGUGAAGGAUUUACAGAGAGAUACAAUAAUGAUGCUGGGUUAAAAGAAUUUGUCUUAUGUCUCGAAGAAAUUACGAAGAUAAUAAGUCGUUACAGUAAGUUCCAAAAAGAAGUUUUUGAGCUCAGCAUAUAUUAUUAUCAUGCAUGGAAAAUUCGAAAAUUGGAUCUGUUAUUCAUGAAGUCCGUAGGUAGCGAAGAGAUCUACUCAACAAAUAUGAAGCUCACGAAUUUGGCAGUCCUCAAUUUUUCUACUGAAAUGCUACAGGAACUAUUAGCGCUUUUCAAAGUAAGUUGUGAUGAAAAAGUGGAGGAAGGUUUGGAGUCCAAAUCUGAAGAUGAAAUUAUGAAGCUUAUUCAACUUGACAAUAUGUGGGUCCAAUUCAACUCAAUUAGCCGAGAUCAAGAAUCUGUCCCACCCUAUUGUAGAGACGAGAGAGCAAAUCAAGGUGAAAUUAUAGAUCAAGCAACUUUAUCAGCAUGGAGUAAUGACUUUAAUUUUUUCGACGAUGUCUGUUUUGACGAGUUGAAUUCUUAUGAGAUAUUCCCGUAA